AUGCUGGAGCUCAUUUUCAGCAGUGUAAGAUUCCUGGGGCGCCAGGGACUCCCUCUGAGAGGAGCUGCCAAUCGGGAUGGGGUGUUAUGGCAGCUAAUGAUGGAAAGAGUGCGCACUGAUCCUGAUAUGGAGAAGUGGAUGCAAAGGAGAGACAACUGGCUGUCCGGCAGCAUCCAAAACAAAAUUCUGGAGCUCUUUGCGCAUUACAUCCAGAGAAACAUCGGAGCCAAAGCAGCCCAAAGUCCUUUUUUUGGCUUAACUGCGGAUGGGACCACUGACUUGAGUGGCAAAGAGCAGUUUUCAAUCAAUGUUCAGUUUUCUGAUGACAAUCUGGACGUUCAGAAUUUCUUUUUGGGAUUUUAUAACGCCCCGGACACAACCGCAGAGAUGCUCUUUUUAUGUAUAAAAGACGUCCUCGUUCGACUCAACUUGCCUUUGGAGAAGCUGAAAGGCUACUGUUUUGAUGGAGCCAGCAACAUGUCUGGGAGGUUCAGGGAGUACAGGCAAGAUUGA